AUGUCAGUACCAAAAGUGGUAACCCCGAGCUACACUCGGGCUUACUAUGCGGCGCUGCAUAGGGAUUCCCUGCAGAGCUUACCUUGUCCUUCGCUCCCACGAUGUGUCCCCUGCAGCGUCCCCGGCCAUCUCCUCCGGCCGAUGCCGGCAUCCGGCUUCUGUGUUCCGGUCCCUGUGACGGCGGGACGUACAGGCGCCGCCGCGGGAAAUUUGAAAAUUUUAAAAAAUGUCAUUUUUUUCAAAACAAAUUUUACGUAUGCUUUGUCCUGUGCCCUGCCUGCAAUUUGUCUGUUCUUUCUG